CAUAUCAGCAUAAAACUCCAUUCACAUCUCUCUAGUUCUUGGAGAUUUAUUUGUGGAAUUUUUGAAGCUUGAGGAAGAAAUCAGGAAGGUUUCUUGUGUCCGUGUGAUCAAAGAUUGUUAUGGAAGGUGGUGGUGGGUUGUUUGAGAAUGAUUUGAAUCUCAAGGCGACUGAGCUUCGAUUGGGGCUGCCGGGAACUGAACAGAGCGAGCAAGAAGCUCCUUCUAUUGCCAAAACAAACAAACGGGUGUUGCCCGGGGAGUGUGAGCAGAAAGGCACAUCUAGUGUUGGACGAAAUGACUCAGAGACCGCACCUCCUGCUAAAACACAAAUAGUGGGGUGGCCGCCAAUCAGGUCCUACAGGAAGAACAGUCUCCAAGCAAAGAAGGAGGAUGAGGCAUCUGGGAUUUAUGUGAAAGUUAGCGUGGAUGGAGCUCCAUAUCUUAGAAAGAUUGACUUGAAGCUUUACGAGGGGUACCAAGAGCUUCUAAAGGCCUUGGAGAACAUGUUCAAGCUCACCAUUGGUGACUACUCGGAGAGGGAAGGCUACAAAGGAUCAGAAUAUGCACCUACCUAUGAAGACAAAGAUGGUGACUGGAUGCUUGUUGGGGAUGUGCCUUGGGAAAUGUUCAUAUCAUCCUGUAAGAGAUUGAGAAUCAUGAAAGGAUCAGAAGCUAGAGGCCUUGGCUGUGGAGUAUGAGAAACCCCCACAAGUACUGCCAGCCACAUCUAGCAACCCAGAAAAAGAUUUUUCCUAUCAGGAGAAAAUCGUUCGGUUGGGUUCUCGAAGAAGGUAUUUGGGUCAUCAGUCUCCUCUCAUCCAUAGUUUACUGUAUUUGCUGGGAAAGUUCAUCCAAACAGAGAAAAAUAGAAGAAAAUCCAAGAGAUGUCCCCUUUUUUCUUUCACUACAGUUUGGCAGUGACCGUGUCCCACAUGUUAAAUCAUCGAUGUCUUGUUUUCUCAUGAUAUUCAACCAUAACUCCCUUGGAAUACUUGGUGUUGAUUUGUGUAAAUGGAGAGAACAGGUUAAUGUGACAUUAUUGUCCAAGUUUUGGUUAUGUAUGUUUAAUACAAAGAAAAAUUGAUACAGUAUUCAAUCUAAGUAUUUGUGUAUGAUUCUUUGAUAUUCAAGUUGUGAUUUGUGUACCUAAAUUGUUUUGAAUUACAUAUAUUGAAGGUUGGUCUGA